CAGAGUCAUCUACAGAAACAGCGGUAGUUACAAAUAAUACCUCAUACUCCCCAUAUCCAGCUGAAGCUCGGGCCACUACAUACUCUGAGACACCAGAAGGGACAAGCCAGUCAAGAGGAACAAUGUCUUUCCCCCACCCAGAGUCAACUUCCACAGGGACUGUCCAGCAAGUGAGCUCAGUCCUGACUUCUAAAACAACUGAAAUGGACUUAUCCACAUGGCUUGGCUCCACGGAGGGGACCACAGUGGGCACGAAUUUCCCUUCCAGCAGAACUUCCACUGGCCUUCAGCACUCUGCAACAAGUUUAUUUGUAACCCCCAAAGUAGCCACGAGCUCAGUGACAAAGAAAUCUGAACUUGAAACCAUGACAAGCAUCAGCACCAUGGUCACUCCUUCCAUUGCCUUCAGUAAGAAGGCAGUGACGGCUGAAGCACAGACCGGUGGAUCUGGGGGGGAGGCUCAUUCAUCCACUAGCCCAUGGUCAGAGCAGGCAGCUAGGUGGGACCCAACACUGAGUGCCUCCUCUGCAGACCCAGACAUAGCUAUUACCACCCCCCUUUCUGAUAGGUCAGAAGGCUCAGCCACUAUCGGCCUCAUCAGCGUGGCAAGAGAGAAAGCUCGCUCCUCUGCAUUGGCUACCUCCCCUUUCAUAGGGCCCAAGUCUGAGUCCAUCACAGGAUUGGAGACCCCUGAAACCUCACCUCCACCUGCGGCCCUUUCUGUGACAUCACCUCCUACAGAACUAACAAGCAAGGGUGGGGCCCUCACUGUGAAGGUCAUCACCUCCAGCCCUGGGGGAACAAGGUCAGUUUCAACUGUAAUGCCUAGCCCAGAGAGGAAGUCCAGGACCUCAGACAGCACCCAAGCACCAGGGACCUCUCCAUGGACUGUCACAGACACAGCAGCCUACUUCCAUGUCACUGGUUUGCCCAGAGCCAGUUCUACAGGGACGACACUGGCUUCCUCGGCAGUGGCCAUUGCAAUAGCUGAACAACAGGCAAGUAUGUCUGUGGGUGAGGUUUAUUCAUCUGCUGUCACAUGGUCAGAGAAGACAACUGGGAGUGAUCCGAUUCAUGGUGCAUCUCCAGAGGCCACAGACACAUGGCAUCUAACCACCAGACAACGAACCACAUCACCAUCGGUGACCUUUAAAAGCCAAGCCACUACUGGCCUCACCUAUGGCUCGGGACAAAUACUGAGCUCUUCCCCGUCUAUCACAUUUCCUUCAAUGAGGUCUAAGGCGCUGGUGGCCAUCACAAGUGUAGUGGCUGGUGAUGCUGCCUCUACAACUGGACAACGAUCACAAACCUCAUCUCCUGCAGAAGCAAACAUCACGGGUGUCACUGUAGCCCCUACUCCAGAUGUCGCCACCACCAUCACCACCAUGGGAAACAACUCAGUCCUGACUACCAUGUCCAACCCAGAGAGGAGAGUGAGCACCCUGGUCACAGAGACCAGCAUGUCUACCCAAGAGCGUCCUUCCAGCUGGUCACCUACACCUGCUUCUGUCCCAAUACCAAGCUCCUGGGCCGUAACAGACACAACUUCAAUGUUGGAAGCCACAGGUUCCGCUGAAACAACUUCUGUAAUGGGCACGUUAUCCUUAGCAUCUAGCACUGAAUCAGGCUCUUUAUCUACUUCCCAUGGCCUUGGGACCGUCCUUGGAACCAGCCUAGCUAUUCCAUCUCCUCAUGCUUCAGCUGAAGACACAAAGUCCACAAAUAUGAGAACAGGGCGUCCUUCAGAUACAACGCCAUCUAUGCCCAUCUCAACCACUUCUGGGAUCAAGAAGAUGAGCUCCUCAUAUCCUCAUUAUGUAAGCACAAGUGGGACCAAUGACCAUCCAAAUACAAAAACUGACCCCAAAAUCCCCCCUCCUAUUUCUCCAUCGGAUUUUCAGCCCACUCUGGACUGGGCUACUGGGAAAUCUGUGUCAUCAUCCACAGCCACUACCUCACUUCCUCAAGGGGGCACAACACAAGAAUUACCUGGGGAGAACAAGGUCAGCCCAACUACCUCACAGCUGCCAGUCUUGACAGCAGAAAUUAAAAGUGGGUUCACACCUACUGAGAUGGUAAGUCCUUCCAGAGUCACUUUAUCAGGGAGGAUAGAUCUCAUCAGCAAAGAAGCAGAACACAGUUCUCACCAGUUUCCUACCACAAAAGCUAUAACCAGGGAAACCGAAAUGCUAAUCCCUGGAGUUACAUCACAGGGCACAAGUACCACGGGUGCAUCAAGAGCCUCCCGGGCUAAGACUCAUUCGGCUGGGACUCAGGGUUUUACACACUCACCUGUGACCAUUAGCAUGGACACAAGUUCUGAGGAUGUGUCACAGACAAGCCUUUCCUCUGACCAUGAUAUCACAUCUCCUUCCCCACUGGUGGCCUUGCAUGCCACGAUGUCACCUUCUCUAAUUUCCCUCACAUCACAAGCCAGGGACCUUUCUCCACCUGUUCCUGCCACAUCACCUGCCACACUGGGGACCACCAGCACAUUGAACACAAGCUUGGGACCUGUGACAAGUCCACAUUCAGGUUUGAACAGCAUCUCAGGUGACACCCAGAUAAUUUCAGAAGUGUCCACUGCUACAGAGGGACUCCACCUUUCUGGGAACACAGCAGUGACCAAUGUGGGGAACAUCACGACUGCACAGGAGUCCCAGUCCUCUGCCCCAGUGGGAUCAGAGACACCAAAAGGUACCACUACAGUAGUCAACUCUUCGCCCAGAGUGGAUGCCUCAUUUUCCACACCAAUGUCUGGCCUUCCUGAAACCACAGAGUCUGAGACACAGUCAAUGUCAUCCCCUGGCCUGGAACCAUGGGAAUCCAGCACAUCACAGCACACCAUCGUGGACUCAGAGACAAUCACUGUCCCUUCGGUAGUAGUCACAAAUACUACCAGAGAGGCCCCCCAGACCAACGUCAUCUCCUCCAACAGGACAUCCAUCCUUGGCAUUGAUCACUCUACAAUGUCACCAGACAUAAAAAUCAACAACAACCUCUCUACCUCCUCCAUUGUGACUGAGUCCACAGCUACGGCCAUGGCCACCAAAACACCUUUCCCAGGGGAUACAUCACAGCACACAAGCACCACAGAUGCAUCAGCCACCGCCUCGUGGGCUAACAGUCACUCGGCAUGGACUCACGGAUUUAACCACCCACGUGGGACCAUUAGUGAGGACAGAGGUUAUGAUGAUGUCUCAUGGACAAGCCCUUUCUCUAACGAAGACAACAGAUCUUCUCCCGUAAUGCCCACACCUACAAUGAUGUCACCUUUCCAGGUUUCCCCCACAUCAAAAGCCAGAGACCUUUCGCCAACCAACCCUGCCAUUUUAUCAGGCAUGCCUAGCAUGCUAUGGAAGACAAGUACAUUGAAAACAAUUGUGGGAACUAUAACAACUCCAACUUCAGGUGUGAGCAGCAUCUCAGGUGACAGGCGGGGGUCCUCAGAAGCGUCUCCCACUACAGAGGGACUCCACCUUUCCGGGAAUACAGCAGUGACCAGCUUGGAGACCAUCACGUCUACACAAGAGUCCCGGUCCUCUGCACCAGCAGGAUCACUGACACCCAAAGGCACCACUGCAGUAGUCCCCUCUUCACUCACUGGGGAUGCCUCAUUUUCCACACCAGAGGCUGGCCUUUCUCAAACCACAGAGACUGAGACACAGUCAAUGUCAUCCCCUGGCCUGGAACCAUGGGAAACCAGCACAUCCCAGCACACCACUGUGGACUCAAAGACAAUGAGAGUCCCUUCACCGACGUACACUGAUACUACUGCAGGGGACUCUAGGAUGCACGACAUCUCCUCCAGCAGGACAUCCAUGCCUGGCCCUGCUCAGUCCACAAUGUCACCAGACAUAUACACAGGAAUCAACACCAUGCUCUCUACCUCCUCCACCUUGACAGAGUCCACAGCCCGAGCCGUGGUCCCCAAAACAGUUAUCCCUGAGACUACAUCACAGGACACAAGUAACACGGAUGCAUCAACCAUGGCCUCCUGGGCCGAAAGUCACUCAGCAAGCACUCAGGUUUCUGCAAGGUCAGUAGUGACCAUUGGCUUGGACACAAGUUCUGAGGUUGUGUCCCUGACUGGCCCUACCUCUGGCCAGGACAACGCAUCUCCAUCCCCCCUGGUGCCCUCACCUGCCACAACGUCACCUUCUCUACAUUCCCCCACAUCACAAGUCAGGGACAUUACUCCAGCUGUCCCUGCCACUUCACCAAGCAAGCCUGCCGGGCUAGGGACCAGCAGCCCAUUGAGCACAAGCUUGGGACUUGGGACAAGUCCACCCUCAGGUGUGAGCAGCACCUCAGGUGACAGCCGGGUGUCUUCAGAAGCGUCUCCCGCUACAGAGAGAUUCCACCUUUCCAGGAACACAGCAGUGACCAGCUUGGAGACCAUCACGUCUACACAGGAGUCCCGGUCCUUUGCCCCAGCGGGAUCUGAGACACCCAAAGGCACCACUGCAGUUGUCCCCUCUUCACUCAGUGGGGACGCCUCAUUUUCAACACCGGAGGCUGGCCUUCCUCAAGCCACAGAGUCUGAGACACAGUCAAUGUCAUCCCCUGGCCUGGAACCACGGGAAACCAGCACGUCCCAGCACACCACCCUGGACUCGGAGACAAUGAGUGUCCCUUCAUCGGCGUCCACUGAUACUACUGCGGGGGGCUCUAGGACCCACGUCAUCUCCUCCAGCAGCACAUCCAUCCCUGGACCUUAUCAGUCCACGAUGUCACCAGACAUGGCCACAGGAAUCAACACCAGGCUCUCUACCUCCUUCACCUUGACAGAGUCCACAGCCCGAGCCAUGGUCCCCAAAACAGUUGUCCCUGGGACUACAUCACAGGACACAAGUAACACGGAUGCAUCAACCACAGCCUCCUGGGCCGAAAGUCACUCAGCAGGCACUCAGGUUUCUGCAAGCUCAGAAGUGACCAUUGGCGUGGACACGGGUUCUGAGAUUGUGUCACAGACAAACCCUGCCUCUGACCAGGACAACACAUCUCCAUCUCCCCUGGUGCCCUCACAUGCCAUGACCUCGCCUUCUCUACAUUCCCCCACAUCACAAGCCAGGGACCCUACUCCACCUGUCCCUGCCACUUCACCAGGCACGCCUAGCACAAUGGAGACCACUGGCACAUUGAACAUGACUUUGAGCACUGUGACAAGUCCACCUUCAGGUGUGAGCAGCACCUCAGGUGACAGCCGGGUGUCUUCAGAAGCAUCUCCCUCUACAGAGGGACUCCACCUUUCCGGGAAUACAGCAGUGACCAGCUUGGGGACAAAAACGUCAACAAAGGAGUCCCAGUCCUCUGCCCCAGUGGGAUCAGAGACACCCAAAGGCACCACUGCAGUAGUCUCCUCUUCACUCACUGGGGAUGCCUCAUUUUCCACACCGGAGGCUGGCCUUUCUCAAACCACAGAGUCUGAGACACGGUCAAUGUCAUCCCCUGGCCUGGAACCAUGGGAAACCAGCACAUCCCGGCAAACCACUGUGGACUCGGAGACAAUGAGUGUCCCUUCUCCAGUGUCCACUGGUACUACUGCAGAGGACUCUACGACCCACAUCAUCUCCUCCAGCAGCACAUCCAUCGCUGGCCCUGCUCAGUCCACGAUGUCUCUAGACAUCUCCACAGGAAUCAACACCAUGCUCUCUACCUCCUCCACCUUGACAGAGUCCACAGCCCGAGCCGUGGUCCCCAAAACAGUUAUCCCUGAGACUACAUCACAGGACACAAGUAACACGGAUGCAUCAACCAUGGCCUCCUGGGCCGAAAGUCACUCAGCAGGCACUCAGGUUUCUGCAAGGUCAGUAGUGACCAUUGGCUUGGACACAAGUUCUGAGGUUGUGUCCCUGACUGGCCCUACCUCUGGCCAGGACAACGCAUCUCCAUCCCCCCUGGUGCCCUCACCUGCCACAACGUCACCUUCUCUACAUUCCCCCACAUCACAAGCCAGGGACAUUACUCCAGCUGUCCCUGCCACUUCACCAAGCAAGCCUGCCGGGCUGGGGACCAGCAGCCCAUUGAGCACAAGCUUGGGACUUGGGACAAGUCCACCCUCAGGUGUGAGCAGCACCUCAGGUGACAGCCGGGUGUCUUCAGAAGCGUCUCCCGCUACAGAGAGAUUCCACCUUUCCAGGAACACAGCAGUGACCAGCUUGGAGACCAUCACGUCUACACAGGAGUCCUGGUCCUCUGCCCCAGCGGGAUCUGAGACACCCAAAGGCACCACUGCAGUUGUCCCCUCUUUGCUCACUGGUGACCCCUCCUUUUCCACACCUGGGGCUGGCCUUUCUGAAACCACAGAGUCUGAGACACAGUCAAUGUCAUCCCCUGGCCUGGAACCACGGGAAACCAGCAUGUUCCAGCACACCACCCUGGACUCGGAGACAAUGAGUGUCCCUUCAUCGGCGUCCACUGAUACUACUGUGGGGGGCUCUAGGACCCACGUCAUCUCCUCCAGCAGCACAUCCAUCCCUGGACCUUAUCAGUCCACGAUGUUACCAGACAUGGCCACAGGAAUCAACACCAGGCUCUCUACCUCCUUCACCUUGACAGAGUCCACAGCCCGAGCCAUGGUCCCCAAAACAGUUGUCCCUGGGACUACAUCACAGGACACAAGUAACACGGAUGCAUCAACCACAGCCUCCUGGGCCGAAAGUCACUCAGCAGGCACUCAGGUUUCUGCAAGCUCAGAAGUGACCAUUGGCGUGGACACGGGUUCUGAGAUUGUGUCACAGACAAGCCCUGCCUCUGACCAGGACAACACAUCUCCAUCUCCCCUGGUGCCCUCACAUGCCAUGACCUCGCCUUCUCUACAUUCCCCCACAUCACAAGCCAGGGACCCUACUCCACCUGUCCCUGCCACUUCACCAGGCACGCCUAGCACAAUGGAGACCACUGGCACAUUGAACAUGACUUUGAGCACUGUGACAAGUCCACCUUCAGGUGUGAGCAGCACCUCAGGUGACAGCCGGGUGUCUUCAGAAGCAUCUCCCUCUACAGAGGGACUCCACCUUUCCGGGAAUACAGCAGUGACCAGCUUGGGGACAAAAACGUCAACAAAGGAGUCCCAGUCCUCUGCCCCAGUGGGAUCAGAGACACCCAAAGGCACCACUGCAGUAGUCUCCUCUUCACUCACUGGGGAUGCCUCAUUUUCCACACCGGAGGCUGGCCUUUCUCAAACCACAGAGUCUGAGACACGGUCAAUGUCAUCCCCUGGCCUGGAACCAUGGGAAACCAGCACAUCCUGGCAAUCCACCAUGGACUCGGAGACAAUGAAUGUCCCUUCUCCAGUGUCCACUGGUACUACUGCAGAGGACUCUACGACCCACAUCAUCUCCUCCAGCAGGACAUCCAUCGCUGGCCCUGCUCAGUCCACGAUGUCACCAGACAUCUCCAUAGGAAUUAACACGAGGCUCUCUACCUCCUCCAUCUUGACCAAGUCCACAAGUAUAGCCAUGUUCCCCAAAACAGUUAUCCCCGGGACUACAUCACAGGACACAAGUAACACGGAUGCAUCAACCAUGGCCUCCUGGGCCAAAAGUCACUCAGCAAGCACUCAGGUUUCUGCAAGCUCAGUAGUGACCUUUGGAAUGGACAUGGGUUCUGAGGUUGUGUCACGCUCAAGCCCUGCAUCUGACCACGACGUCACAUCUCCAUCCCCCCUGGUGCCCUCACAUGCCACGACGUCGCCUUCUCUACAUUCCCCCACAUCACAAGCCAGGGACAUUACUCCCCCUGUCCCUGCCACUUCACCAGGCACAGGUAUCGUGGAUGCAUCAACCACGGCCUCCUGGGCUGAAAGUCACUCAGAAGGGACUCAGGUUUCUGCUAGCUCAGAAGUGACCAUUGGCAUGGUUAUGGGUUCUCAGGUUGUGUCACGGACAAGCCCUGCCUCUGACCAAGACACCACAUAUCCAUCCCCCCUGGGGCUCUCACGUGCCACGACGUCGCCUUCUCUACAUUCCCCCACAUCACAAGCCAGGGACAUUACUCCCCCUGUCCCUGCCACUUCACCAGGCACGCCUAGCACAAUGGAGACCACUGGCACAUUGAACAUGACUUUGAGCACUGCGACAAGUCCACUUUCAGGUGUGAGCAUCACCUCAGGUGACAGCUGGGUGUCUUCAGAAUCGUCUCCCGCUACAGAGGUACUCCACCCUUCCAGGAACACAGCAGUGACCAACUUGGGGGCCAUCACGUCUACACAGGAGUCCUGGUCCUCUGCCCCAGCGGGAUCAGAAACACCCAAAGGCACCACUGCUGUUGUCCCCUCUUUGCUCACUGGUGACCCCUCCUUUUCCACACCUGGGGCUGGCCUUUCUGAAACCACAGAGUCUGAGACACAGUCAAUGUCAUCCCCUGGCCUGGAACCACGGGAAACCAGCAUGUUCCAGCACACCACCCUAGACUCGGAGAGAAUGAGUGUUUCUUCAUUGGCGUCAACUGAUACUACUGCGGGGGACUCUAGGACCCACGUCAUCUCCUCCAGCAGGACAUCCAUCCCUGGCACUGCUCAGUCCACGAUGUCACCAGACAUCUCCACAGGAAUCAACACCAGGCUCUCUACCUCCUCCACCUUUACAGAGUCCACAGCCCGAGACUUGGUCACCAAAACAGUCGUCCCUGGGACUACAUCACAGGACACAGGUAACAUGGAUGCAUCAACCACGGCCUCCUGGGCUGAAAGUCACUCAGGAGGGACUCAGGUUUCUGCAAGCUUAGAAGUGACCAUUGGCAUGGUUACGGGUUCUCAGGUUGUGUCACGGACAAGCCCUGCCUCUGACCAAGACACCACAUCUCCAUCCCCCCUGGUGCCCUCACAUGCCACGACGUUGCCUUCUCUACAUUCCCCCACAUCACAAGCCAGGGACAUUACUCCACCUGUCCCUGCCGCUUCACCAGGCACGCCUAGCACAAUGGAGACCACUGGCACAUUGAUCACAACUUUGAGCACUGCGACAAGUCCACCUUCAGGUGUGAGCAUCACCUCAGGUGACAGCUGGGUGUCUUCAGAAUCGUCUCCCGCUACAGAGGUACUCCACCUUUCCGGGAACACAGCAGUGACCAGCUUGGGGACCAUCACGUCUACACAGGAGUUUUGGGUCUCUGCCCCAGCAGGAUCAGAGACACCCAAAGGCCCCACUGCAGAAGUCACCUCUUGGCUCAGUGGGGACACCUCACUUUCCACAUCGGAGGCUGGCCUUUCUGAAACCACAGAGUCUGAGACACGGUCAACGUCAUCCCCUGGCCUGGAUCCACGGGAAACCAGCACAUCCCAGCAAACAACCGUGGACUCGGAGACAAUGCGUGUCCCUUCUCCAGUGUCCACUGGUACUAUUGCAGAGGACUCUACGACCCACGUCAUCUCCUCCAGCAGGACAUCCAUCACUGGCCCUGCUCAGUCCACGAUAUCUCCAGACAUGUCCACAGGAAUCAACACCAGGCUCUCUACCUCCUCCAUCUUCACUGAGUCCACAGCUAUAGUCAUGGUCCCCAAAACAGUCGUCCCUGGGACUACAUCACAGGACACAAGUAACACGGAUGCAUCAACCACGGCCUCCUGGGCCGAAAGUCACUCAGCAGGGACUCAGGUUUCUGUAAGCUCAGAAGUGACCAUUGGCAUGGACACCGGUUCUGAGGUUGUGUCCCGGACAAGCCCUGCCUCUGACCAGGACACCACAUCUCCAUUCCCCCUUGUGCCCUCACUUUCCACAACGUCACCUUCUCUACAUUCCCCCAUAUCACAAGCCAAGUAUGUUACUCCACCUGUCCCUGCCACUUCACCACGCACGCCUGCCAGGCUGGGGACCAGUGGUGUGUUGAUCACAAGCUUGGGACUUGGUACAAGUCCAUCCUCUGGUGUGAGCAGCACCUCAUGUGACAGCCGGGUGUCUUCAGAAGCAUCUCCCACUACUGAGGUACUCCACCUUUCCGGGAACACAGCAGUGACCAGCUUGGGGACCAUCACGUCUACACAGGAGUCCCAGUCAUCUGCCCCAGUUGGAUCAGAGACACCCAAAGGCCCCACUUCAGUAGUCCCCUCUUCACUCAUUGGGGACACCUCAUUUUCCACACCAGAGGCUGGCCUUUCUGAAAUCACAGAGUCUGAGUCACGGUCAACGUCAUCCCCUGGCCCGGAACCACGGGAAACCAGCACAUCCCAUCACACCACCGUGGACUCAGAGACAAUGAGUGUCCCUUCUCCAAUGCCCACUGGUACUAAUGCAGAUGACUCUAGGACCCAUGUCUACUCCUCCAGCUGGACAUCCAUCCCUAGCCCUUCUCAGUCCACGAUGUCUCCAGACUUCUCCACAGGUAUCAACACCAGGCUUUCUACCUCCUCCAUCUUGACUGAGUCCACGGCUAUAGCCUUAGUCCCCAAAGCAGUUGUCCCUGGGGCUACAUCACAGGACACAAGUAACACGGAUGCAUCAACCACGGCCUCCUGGGCCGAAAGUCACGCAACAGGCACUCAGGUUUCUACAAGCUCAGUAGUGACCAUUGACGUGGACACGGGUUCUGAGGUUGUAUCAAGGACAAGCCCUGCCUCUGACCAGGACACCACAUCUUCAUCCCCCCUGGAACCCCCGAGUGCCAUGACGUCAUCUUCUCUACUCUCCCCCACAUCACAAGCCAGGUACCUUUCUCCACCCUUCCCUGCCACCUCACCAGGCACAGCUGGGUCUCUGGGGACCCCUGGCACAUUGAGCACUGGUUUGGGACCUGUGACAAGUCCAACUUCAGGGUUGAGCAGGACCUCAGGGAACACCCAGGUAAUCUCAGAAGUGUCUGCUGCUACAGAGGGACUCUACCUUUCUGGGAACACAACAGUAACAAACAUGGGGGCAGUCAUGCAUGCCCAGGAGUCCCAGUCUUCUAUCCCAUCGGGCUCAGAAACACCGAAAAGCACCACUGCAGUUGUCACCUCUCGUCUCAGUGGGGACACCUUGUUUUCCACUCCAAUGUCUCACCUUUCUGAAACCACAGAGUUUAGGACACAGUCAACGUCUUUCUUUGGCCCACAACCACGGGAUACCAGCACCUCCUGGCACACCAUCAUGGCCUCGGGGAAAAUGACUGUCCCUUCUAUAGUGGUCACUGACACUACCAUGGAGGCCUCCAGGACCAGCGUCAUCUCCUCCAGCAGGACAUCCAUCCCUGGACCUUCUCAGUCCACAAUGUUACCAGACAUCCCCCCAGGAAUCAACACCAGGUUUUCUACCUCUGCCCUAGUUGUUGAAACUGGGACAAUCAGCUUCAUUACCCCCAAAGCUUCAUCUGGAUUUCCAGGAGCCAGCUCAGCCACCUUCUCAACCAGUCCCUAUUGGAGGACAGAACCAGGCCCUGGAGAUGCUAUGCCCACCAUUGCGGAAAACCUGCCUUCAUCAGCUUCAAUACCAUUCCCUUCUUUGACCUUCACUACUGCUUACUCUUCAACCAACCCAGCCCCCCAUGGGAUUACUUCCUCACUCGUUACCCAACGUAUGGGGGGCACCAACACUGGGGCAGAGAGGAGCACUGCCAAAGGACCCUUGGUUGUGGCCAGUACUUUGGAGACAUGGACUGAGCCAGUCAGGACAUCUUUAUCAUCCAUUAUGGAUACCAGAAUGACAGAGCAUACUCACUUGGGAACAGUGACACAUGCCUCUCAACUUCCUUCACAAUCAACACAGUUGACAAGGACAGAUGGCAUUGUGGAGCCGAUCACAAAGAAGCCCAAUGAGGCAGCCCAUGGAGGAGCCACAGGACCAGCCCAUGUCUCUGUGACACUCACAUCAUCUGCUAGUCCAAAAGGACCACCAACAGAGUGGACAGAAAGCGCAGAAAUCACAGCUCUGAAGACCACCUCUACAGCAACUUUGACCACUACAGUCUCUACUCCCACUUCCGGAAUGCUGACUCUCCUCAGGACAUCAGGUAAAAUGGCCAGCACAAGCACAAGAGGAAUGAUCUUUACAACCCCAGAUGUUUCCCCUGAUGUUCUAGAGAUGACAGCCUCACUGGCCACUACACCUGGAGCAGAUACCAGCACAGAGCUUCCCAGGACAACUUCAUCUGUUUUCAAUAGAGGGUCAGAAACCACACCCUCACUGGUCCCUAGUUCUGGGGCAAAGAAUAGUACCGCUAUUCCAACUCUGACUGUCUUCCCUAGUGUACCAGAAAUGGCAACCUCACUGGUAACAAGUCCUGGGGCAAAGAAAAGUAUGGUCAUUUCAACUCUAACUGAUUCCCAAGAUGAACCAGAGACCUCUGCCUCAUGGGUCACCCAUCCUGUGGUGCAGAGCAGUUCAUCCACUCCAACUCCAAAUGUCUUCCCUGGUGAUCCAGGGCUGGUGACCUCACUGGAUGCUAGUUUUGCAGCAGAGACCAGCCCAGCUGGUCAAACUCUGACUAUUUCUCCUGGUAAGCCAGAUAGAACAGUCUCAUUGAUUACACGUCCUGAGUCACAGACUGGUUCAGCCGUUCCAACUCUAACCAUCUCCCCUAGAGUAAUAGGAGUAGAAAUCUCACCAGUCACCAAUUCUGAGGCAGAAGACAGUACAGCAUUUAUAACUCUGAGGGAUGAACUAGAGGCAACAGCCUCACAGGUCACCCAUGCUGGAACAGAAGCCAUUUCCACUGUUGGAGCUUUGACUGUUUCCCCUGGUGAGCCAAAUACAAGAGCUUCAUGGGCUCAUUCCACAGAGAACAGCACACCUGUUUCCAGAAUAACUCUGGAUUUUUCUCAAAGUGAACUAGACACCACACUCUCAAUGGUCACCACUCCUAGGGCAGAAGCUAGUUCAGCCACUCCAACAAUCACUGUCUUACCUGGUGUACCAGAUAUGGUGACCUCACAGUUCACUAGUUCUGGGACAGAUGCCAGUACAACCUCUUUGACUCUGACUGAAUCCCUGCAUGAAUCAGAUACAACAGUCACUUAUCCUGCAACAUCCAGCCCAACAGUUCCUGGGACAACCCCCCAUGUUUCCCAUAGGGAAUCAGACAGCAUGCCUUCAACAGCCACCAGCCUUGAGACAGAAGCCAGUUCAGCUGCUCCAACUACACCUAUCUCCCUUGGUGUACCAGACAUGGUGACUUCACAGGCCACUAGUUCUGGAACAGGUGCCAGUACGGUUCCUUCACCUCUGACUCUUUCUGCUGGCAAACCAGUAAGCACAGUCUCAUGGGUUAAUCAUGAUGGAGCACAGACCAGUUUUUCCAUCUCAACUCCAACUGUCUCCCCUGCUAUAUCAGAGGUGGGGACCUCACUGGUCACUAGUUCUGGGGCAGAGACCAGUGCAACUUUUCUAACUCUUACUGAUUCCUUGCAUGAUUCCGAGACAACAGCCUUAUGGGUCACUCAUUCUGCAAAGACCAGCACAUCUGUUUCCAGAACAACUCCACACCGUGAAUCAGACAUCUCAUUCUCAACAGCUACCACUCCAGGAGCAGAGAUCAGUUCACCUUCAGCUACAACUGUCUCACCCACUGUGCCAGGAUUGGUGACUUUAUUGGCUACCAGUUCUGAGGCAGAAGCCAAUACAACUCUCUCAACUCUGACUGAUUCAUUGCAUGAACUGGAGACCACAGCCUCAUGGGUCACCCAUUCUGAGAAAAAAGCCAGUUCAGCUUCUCCACCUCUUUCUGUUUCCCCUGAGGAGCCAGAAACAGCAGUCUCAUUGAUCACCCAUUCUGCAGAGACCAGUCCAACUAUUCCCAAGGCAACCCCCAGUUUUCCCCAUAGUGAAUCAAAUACCACACACUCAAUAGCUACCAGUUCUGGGGCACAGACAAUUUCAGCAAUUCUAACUCCAGCAGGCUCCCCUGGUGUAUCCGGGGUGGAAAUCUCACUGAUUACAAGUUCUGAGGCAGAGACCAGUACAACUCUUACAACUCUCACUGUUUCUCCAGGUCAACUGGAGACCACAGCCUCAUUGGUCACCCAUUCUGAGAAAGAAGCCAGUUCAGCUGCUCCUACUCUUACUAUUUCCCCUGAGGAGCCAGAAACAGCAGUCUCAUUGAUCACCCAUCCUGCAGAGACCAGUCCUACAGUUCCAAGGACAAUACCCAGUGUUUCCCAUAGUGAAUCGUAUACCACACCCUUAGUGGCCACCAGCCAUGGGGCAGAAGUCAGCUCUGUUGUUCCAACUCCAACUGUUUCCCCUGGUGUACCAGAUAUGGUGACCUCACAGGUCACUAGUGCUGAGAAAGAGGCCAGUAUGGCUAUCUCUACUCUGAAUCUUUCUCCUAUGGAGUCAGUGACCACAGCCAUGAUGGUUACUCAUUCUGGGGCACAGACCAGUUCAGCCAUUCCAGCUCCAACUGUCUCCUCUACUGUGCCAGAGCUGGUGACUUCAAUGGUCACCAGUACUGGGGAAGAAGCCAGUACGAGUUUUACAACUCUGACUGUUUCUCCAGGUCAACUGGAGACCACGGCUUCAUGGGUCACCCAUUCUGGGACAGAAGCCAAUUCAGCUGUUCCAACUCAGACUGAUUUUACACAUAAGCCAGAUAUAACAGUCUCAUUGGUCACCCAUUCUGAAGAGACCAGCCCAAACACCUCUGUCCCUACAACACCUCUGGUUUUUUCCAAAAGUGAACCAGAUACCAUACACUCAAUAGCCACCAGUCUUGGGGCAGAAGUCAGUUCAGUUGUUCCAAGUACAACCAUCUCCCCUGGUGUACCAGAUAUGAUGACCUCCCAGGCCCCUAGUUCUGAGACAGAUGCUGAUAUGACUAUUCCAAGUCUGGCUCUUUCUCCUAGUGAACCAGCAACCACAGCCUUAUUGGUCACCCAGUACAGUACAAAGACAAUCACGAAUUUUCCUAGUUCAACUGCUUUUCCUCACUUACCAGAGACCAUAGCCUCACUAUCCAUCCGGCCUCAGCUGGAGAUUAGUGCAGCUCUUCCAACUCAGACUGUUUCCCCCAGUCCAGCAGAAAUAACAUCCUUCACCACACCUGUGACCAAGACCAGUGGAGGUGAUCUAGGUCCAACUAUCUCACUUGGUGUUCCUGCGGAAACAGCCUCACUCUCCACCCAUCCUGGCACAGACGUCAGCACAGCUAUUUCAACCUCAACUCUUUCCCCCAUUUUACUGGUGACCACAGGCUUACUGGCCUCCAGCCCUGCAUCAGAUGCCAGCACCAGUAUCCCAACUUUGACUCCUGGUGUUCUUGGGCCUGUCAAUACCCUUGCAACCACUGGUGAAACCUCACCACCUGUGACUUCAGUUGGAUUCCCUGAAUUGUCCAAAACUGUGACUCUGAUAGCAUCAGAGACCCCAACACCACCGAAAACUGGUCACAGAGAAGGACUGAGUUCAACCACUGUCCUGAAAACUACAACCCUUGAGACCACCAAUGUAGCUGCUACAGGUUCAGGUUCAGGCCCCAUCAUGGCAGAGAACACAACCACCUUCAGUACAUCAGCAGGAAGUCCCUUUGUCCCUGAGACCUCACCUGGGAUGUCCACCAUGACCUCUCUCAGUGUGACUUCAGAAACAGCUGCAGUUCCUAUUUUGGUGCCUUUUACUGUCAACUUCACCGUCACCAACCUGUACUACACAGAGGACAUGGAAAACUCAGGCUCUGAGAUAUUCAAUGCUACUGAGAGAAACCUGCAGCACCUGCUCAGGACUUUGUUCAAAAACAGCAGCAUUGGUUCCCUCUAUGCUGGCUGCAGGCUGACCUUGCUCAGGGCUGAAAAGGAUGGAACAAGCACCAGAAUGGAUGCAGUCUGCACCUACCACCCAGAUCCCACAGGCUUUAGGCUGGACAGAGAGCGGCUGUACUGGGAGCUAAGUCAGCAGACCCAGGGUGUCGCUCUGCUGGGCCCUUACACCCUGGACAGGGACAGUCUCUGGGUCAAUGGUUAUAACCCUCAGUACUGGAUCUCCACCACCAGCCCUCCGAUGACUUCUACAUUCUCUCCAGGACUUCCUACUUCUCUACCUCCCACCCCCAGCUCUACAGCUGCAGGUGUGGGUCCUGAACUGGUGCCAUUCACCCUCAACUUCACCAUCACCAACCUGCUCUGCACCCCAGACAUGAGGCGCCCAGGCUCCAUUAAGUUCAACUCCACUGAGAGGGCCCUGAAUCGCCUGCUUGGUCCCUUGUUCAAGAACACCAGUAUCGGCCCACUGUACUCUGGUUGCAGACUGACCUUGCUCAGGACUGAGAAGGAUGGAGCAGCAACUGGAGUGGAUGCCAUCUGCACCUACCGUCCUGACCCCAUGAGCCCCAGGCUGAACAGAGAAGAAUUGUACCAGGAGCUGAGUCAGUUGACCCACAGUGUCACACGGCUGGGCACCUACACCCUGGACAGAGACAGUCUCUAUGUCAAUGGUUAUAACCAUCGGUACUGGACCCCUACCAUCAGCACUCCAAUGAUUUCCACAUUCUCUCCCGAAUCUUCCACAACUCUGGCCCCCAUCCUCAGCUCUACAGGUGUGAGCCUGUCUCUGGUGCCCUUCACCCUCAACUUCACCAUCACCAGCCUGCGCUACACAGAGGACAUGGGAUCCCCAGGAUCUCAGCUAUUCAAUUCCACAGAGAGGACCUUGAAUCGUCUGCUCAAACCCUUGUUCCAGAACAGCAGUAUUGGGCCUCUCUAUUACGGCUGCAGGUUGACGUUGCUCAGGCCUGAGAAAAAGGGAGCAGCGACCAGAGUUGAUGCUGUUUGUACUUACCAUCCUGACCCUGCGGGCCCUAAGCUAGACAGAGAGAAGCUGUACUGGGAGCUGAGCCAGCAGACCCAUGCUGUCACCCAGCUGGGCUCCUUCACCCUGGACAAGAACAGCCUCUAUGUCAAUGGUUACAACCACCGGACCUCGGCCCCCACACCCAGUGCUGCCGUGACCCCCGUGCUCUUUCCAAGGACCUCGGUGGUGCCAACCCACUUCUCCAGCUACACAGCAGCGGUUCCUUUCCUGGUGCCGUUCACCCUCAACUUCACCAUAACCAACCUGCACUACGAAGAGAGCAUGCGGCAUCCAGGCUCUCGGAAAUUCAACUCCACGGAGAAGAUCCUGCAGGGUCUACUCAAACUCCUGUUCAGGAAUAGCAGUCUGGGAUUCCUCUAUUCAGGCUGUAGAUUGGCUUCCCUCAGGCCUGAGAAGGAUGGGGCAGCCACCAGUGUGGAUGCCAUGUGUAUGCAUCGCCCUGACCCUGAAGGCCUGGGACUCGACAGAGAGCAGCUGUACUGGGAGCUGAGCCAGCUGACCCAUGGCAUUGCCCUGCUGGGCCCCUACACCCUGGACAGGAACAGUCUCUAUGUCAAUGGUUUCACCCAUCAGAGCUCUGCACCCAUCACCAACACUCCAGGGACCUCCACAGUGCACCUGGGAACCUCUGGGACUCCAUCUUUUUUUCCCAGCUCCAGCCCCAUGGGUUACACCCAUCAGGUCCUGACCUCCACCCCCAGCACCUCUACCAUAUCCCCAGCAACCUCAGCGACCCCCAUCCCUGCCCCCACAGCCACUGGUCUUGCCCCGGUGCCGUUUACUCUCAACUUCACCAUCACUAACCUGCAGCACCAGGAAGGUAUGAGUCACCCUGGUUCCCGGAGGUUCAACAGCACCCAGAGAAACCUGCAGCGACUGCUUGGACCCUUGUUCAAGAACACCAGUGUGGGCCCCCUCUACUCAGGCUGCAGGCUGACCUUGCUCAGGCCCGAGAAGGAUGGGGCAGCCACUGGAGUGGAUGCCAUCUGCACCUAUCGCCCUGACCCUGUGGGCCCUGGGCUGGACAGAGAGUGGCUGUACCAGGAGCUGAGCCAGCUGACCCGCGGCGUCACCAGGCUGGGUCCCUACACCCUGGACCCGGACAGUCUCUACAUCAAUGGUUACACCCGCCAGACACAGGCUACCACCCCCAGCGCUUCUAUGGUGGCCACAGUUUCUGCAUGGGUACCAGCCUCCUUCUCCAGUCCCACAGCUGCUGGCCCUGCCCCAGUGCCCUUCACCCUCAAUUUCACCAUCAUCAACCUGCAUUAUACGAAGGCCAUGCAUCCAGGCUCUGCGAUGUUCAACUCCACGGAGUCAGUCCUACAACGCCUGCUCAAGCCCUUGUUUGCCAACAGCAGCAUUGGGUCAGUCUACACCGGCUGCAGAGUGACCACACUAAGGCCUGAAAAGAGUGGAACAGCCACUGGAGUGGACGCUGUCUGCACCUACCAACCUGACCCCUCGGGUCUCCAGCUGGACAGGGAGCGGCUCUACUGGGAGCUGAGCCAUCAGACCCGUGGUGUCACUCAGCUUGGUUCCUACAUCCUGGACAGGGACAGUCUCUAUGUCAACGGUUACACCAGACCACCACCGACCUCCAUCCCCAGUGUUCCUGUGACUUCCACGCCCUCAGGGACCUCGGCAGCUCCAAUCUCCUUCUCCAGCUCCACAGUCUCUGGCCCUGACCUGGUUCCAUUCACCCUUAACUUCACCAUCACCAACCUGCGCUACACGGAGGACAUGCAGCUUGUGGGUUCUGCCAAGUUCAAUGAAACAGAGAUGAUCUUGCAGAGCCUGCUCAGACCUUUAUUCAAGAAAACCAGUGUCGGCCCCCUCUACUCUGGCUGCAGACUGACCUCGCUCAGGCCCCAGAAGGCUGGAGCAGCCACCCACGUGAACGCGGUCUGCUUGCACUGCCCCGACCCCACGGGCCUCGCGCUGGACAGAGAGCGGCUGUACUGGGAGCUGAGCCGGCUGACCAAUGGCGUCACCAGGCUGGGCCACUACACCCUGGAGGAGGACAGUCUCUGUGUCAGCGGCUACACCCACCAAACACCGGUAACUGCCCCCAGUGCCCCCGGACGACCGCUGGUGCCAUUCACUCUCAACUUCACUGUCACCAACCUCCACUAUACGGAGGACAUGCAGCCUCCAGGCUCCCGGAAAUUUAACAGCACAGAGAAGUCCCUGCAGCCACAGCUUGGACCCUUGUUCAAGAACACCAGUGUGGGCCCCCUCUACUCAGGCUGCAGGCUGACCUUGCUCAGGCCCGAGAAGGAUGGGGCGGCCACUGGAGUGGAUGCCAUCUGCACCUAUCGCCCUGAUCCCGUGGGCCCUGGGCUGGACAGAGAGCGGCUGUACCAGGAGCUGAGCCAGCUGACCCGCGGCGUCACCAGGCUGGGUCCCUACACCCUGGACCCGGACAGUCUCUACAUCAAUGGUUAUACCCACCAGACCCAGGCCACCACCCCCAGCAGUUACACCCAUCCAGCUUCAGCCACCACCCCCAAGACCACUGGCCCCACUCUGGUGUCCUUCACCCUGAACUUCACCAUCACCAACCUGCACUAUACUCAAGACAUGGGGCACCCAGCUUCUUCCAAGUUCAACUCCACGGAGAGGAUCCUCCAGCACCGGCUCCGGCUUUUGUUCAGUAAGACCAUUAUCGGGCCCCUCUACACUGGCUGCAGACUGGCCUCGCUCAGGCUUGAGAAGGGCGGAACAGCCACCGGAGUGGACAUCCUCUGCACCAUCCGCUCUGAUUCCGCAGACCCCAGGCUGGACAGGGAGCAGCUGUACUGGGAGCUGAGCCGUGAGACCUAUGGCAUCACCCAGCUGGGGCCCUUCACCCUGGACAGGGAGAGCCUCUAUGUCAACGGUUACACCUAUGGAACCAUAAUACCAACUACCACUACUGGGGAGGUCAGUGAGGAGCCAUUCACGCUGAACUUUACCAUUGACAACCUGCGCUACUCAGCGGAUAUGGGCCACCCCGGCUCCCUCAAGUUCAACAUCACAGACAGCCUCAUGCAGCACCUGCUUGGCCCGUUGUUCCAGAGGAGCAGCCUAGGAGCCCGAUAUGCAGGCUGCAAAGUCACCUCACUAAGGUCUGUGAAGAAUGGCGCCAAAACAAGGGUGGACAUCCUCUGCACCUACCGGCAGCCCCCCAGCAGCCCGGGUCUGCCUGCCAAGCAGGUGUUCCAUGAGCUGAGCCGGCAGACCCGUGGCAUUACCCGGCUGGGUCCCUAUUCUCUGGACAAGGACAGCCUCUACCUCAAUGGUUAUAAUGAACGUGGUCCAGAUGAGCCUCCUACAACUCCUGAGGCAGCCACCACAUUCCUGCCUCGUUCAUCAUCACCUACACAACCAGAAGCCACCACAGCUAUGGGAUACAACUUGAAGACCCUUACACUCAACUUCACCAUCUCGAACCUCCAGUAUUCAGUGGACAUGAGCAAUGGUUCAGCUAUGUUCAACUCCACCAAGAGGACCCUGCAGCGCCUGCUUGGAUCCUUGUUUCAGAAGAGCAGUUUGGGCCCCUUCUACUCAGAUUGCAGACUAAUAUCCCUCAGACCUGAGAAGGAUGGGCCAGCUACCCAUGUUGAUGCCAUCUGCACCUACCGCCAUGACUCCAUGGGCCAUGGACUUGACAUAGAGCAGCUUUACUGGGAGCUGUACCAGCUGACCCAUGGUGUCACCCAGAUGGGCUACUAUACCCUGGUCCGUGACAGCCUCUUCGUCAAUGGCUAUGCACCCCAGAGUUUAUCUACCCAGAGGGAGUAUCAGCUAAAUUUCCGCAUCAUCAACUGGAACCUCAGCAACCCAGACCCCACAUCCUUGGAGUACACAGCCCUAUGGAGGGACAUCCAGGACAAGGUCACCAAACUCUACAGAGGCAGCCAGCUACAAGAUAUAUUCCACUCCUGCCUGGUCACCAAUUUGACGUUGGGCUCCAUGUUGGUCACCGUCCAGGUACUGUUCUCUUCCAAUGUGGACCCCAGCGUGGUGAAGAAAGUCUUUCUGGACAAGACCCUGAACGUCUCAUCCCACUGGCUAGGAGCCACCUAUCAGCUAACGGACCUUCAUGUGACAGAAGUGGAGCCAUCAGCUCAUCUACCAACAGACAUACCAACAAGCAGUCCCAGCCCUGAGCACUUCCAGCUGAAUUUCACUGUCACCAACCUACUCUAUUCCCAGGACAUCGCCCAGCCAGGCACCACCAAACACCAGCAGAACAAGAGAAGUAUUGAGAAUGCGCUCAACCAGGUCUUCUGGAACAGCAGCAUCAAGAGUUUUUUCUCUGGCUGUCAAGUUUUAGCAUUCAGGUCUGUCCCACACAGCAGCCACACUGGGGUGGAUUCGCUGUGUAACUUUUCACCAUUGGCUCGGAAACUGGACAGAGUUGCCAUUUAUUUGGAGUUCCUGAGGCUGACCAAUAAUGGCACCCAGCUACAGAACUUUACUCUGGACAGAAACAGUGUCCUUGUGGAUGGGUAUUCUCCCAACAGAAAUGAUGUCUUGACUGAGAAUUCUGACCUCCCCUACUGGGCCAUCAUCCUUAUCUGCUUGGCAGGACUCCUGGUACUCAUCACAUGCCUGAUCUGCUGCUUCCUGGUAACCGUCUGCCGGCGGAAGAAGGAGGGAGGCUACCAGGUUCAGCAGCACAGCCUGGGCUAUUACCUGCCUCACCUGGACCUGAGGAAGCUGCAGUGAGAGCUCUGCCUGGGAGCUCCAACAGGAAUAACCUCAUUGGGAUAGGAAUAAACCACAUUGGUUGGACACAGUCUCUGGGCCCUUCUUGACUUGGCCUCUGACUGGUUCACGGGGGACCAAGAUGAAAGGUUUUCCUUUUCACUGACCCCUGAAGGGCAGCUGCAGUUCUGUCUUUUGGCUUCACAUCAUUUCCUCCCUCAGAGGCAUCAGAACUGGCAAGAGACCCAAACAUUGUCAUCAUGUAAAAUCAACAUUCCACCUCAAUCCGAGGUUUCUCUUCCUAGAAACCUUGGAGCAUGCCUCCCCUUGGCUCUGUGCCAACCACGACACCCAUCUCCGUUCCUCCAUAUUUCCCCACCCCCAAUGUUCUCCUGACACUGUCUCAUUCUCGGAAGCUCGGGUUCACCAGGAUUUCCAGACCAGUCUGCCUCAGGGGCUCCUCUCCCCUCAUGAGUCCUCCAAGAUGGGAAAUGGUCCAAGAAGGAAUGAGUGAGUCAGGAAUGACUGUGCAAUCAACAUUGGGACUUGGAGCCAAAAUGACCAGGUAUCUGGGAAGCCUCAGUCCCAGAGAAAUCUCAAGGCUUGAGAGACAUGGUUUCUGCUUUGGAUAUAAAGUUAAAUAACACUCAGUGGGAAAGAAAAAAAUCUGAGGAAAAAGCUAGACAGUCUUUCUUUAUCUUUCUCUGUGCUGACUCCAACUAGAUAGAGCAGGGCUGCCCCCAGCAAGCACCUCCAGAUGAGCACGGCAUGAGGCAAGCUGUGCUGUCUGUCCUGCUUUGGAUUUGCGGGACUAAUUGGCAUGAUCUCUACACCUUUUGCAGACAACCACAGCUGAAGACACCCAAGGGCAGAGAAGUUGCGGCAAUGCCACCCUUUCAAACUUACUUGGUGUGAGAGUCAUAUCCUCAGUCUUAAACAGUCACUCUCUGAGAGUGCCUUCUCUGGAAAUUAUAAUAAUGAUAACAAGAGCUAUAUUAUUAUUGAUGCCUUAAUCUCCUAAGCAACAUGAGUGGCAACCUUUCCCAGCUGCCCUCACAGUCUCUAGCCUCUGCAUGCAUUGUCUCAGCUAACAUUCACCAUCCUUGAGAGCUGCAUUACCAUUUUAUAGCUAAUGAUACAGAGGCUCAGAGAUACUAAAUAACCAGGAAGGAAAAAAUUUACUAAGAACCUAAGUUAAACACCUCACCACACUAUCUAUUGAAGAAAAAGGUAAAAACACUUUCUGAAAUACGGACAGACUCAACAUUGCCCUGCCAGAGGCCUUCAGUGAAAGAACCAGUCAAGGAUGUACAUCAGGAAUCAGAAACGUGAACCCAGAAAAAUGUAACAGGAGUGAUGAGGGAAAGAAAAAAUUCAGUGUAUCUAAAUCAGAAUUAGUCUUCAAACAAGGUAUUAAAGCACAUUCUAAAACUCCAGAUGAGUGCCUCAUGGAAGAAAAGAGGAUGGAAUAUUAGCCAUCAGAAAGGAUAAAUAACACAAAGAUAAUGAAUACUGUUAUGCUGAAAAUAAAUAAAAAAUAAAUUUUAAAAAAA